AUGUCGACUGAACAGAACAACAUGGAAGGAUCUGGUGAUGUCGAUAUCAAUCGACCCUUCCGCUUUGUUGGAGUCAACUUCCGUCGCUGGAGACAAAAGAUGGAGUUCUACCUGACGACUAAGAAGUUUGCACACUGCCUCACCAGCAUGCCCGUCGAGCUGCCGGAAGAAGCGACCGAUGAGGAGAGGGCUGCUUCUGCUAAGGAAAUGAAGCAUGACUUCCUGUGCAAGAACUACAUCCUCAACGGCCUUGCAGACGAUCUCUACGACUACUAUACGGACAACAAGAACACCGUGAUGAUGAUCUGGGAUGCGCUCCAAAAGAAGUACGACAAGGAGGAUGCUGGAGCUAAGAAGUAUGUUGUCAACCGCUACCUGCGCUACCAGAUGGUGGAUGACAAGUCUGUCAAAGUUCAGUCCCACAAACUUCAGAAAAUAGCUCAUGAGAUCGUCUCUUAA